AUGCAAUGCGGGCCAGUCUUGUUGAGCCUUCUCGUUCUCUUCUUAUCUGGGCUUCUCGUUCGAGUUGAUGCACAAGGUACAUUUCGACAUGGCAAUAUCCAUUGGAGGAGCGAUCGGAAUAAUGUGCAUUUUACCGUUCAGAUGGGAUUUGACAGAAACAUAAGUGGUGUCGAUGCCUGGCGAGGAUCUGGUUCUGAUCGUCUACCCCAACUCGGAGACAAGCUUCAGCUGGUUGGGAGGGAAUCUCCUGUGUUCUACUAUGGAGAUGGGUACAUCGAGACUAUAAUCCAGGUUACUGUUGUAGCCUCCUCAAUCGAAGAAGACUGGGUCAUCGUGGAGUAUCAGACUGAUCAUGAGUAUUACACUCCAAACAAUGAUGGGAGCCCUUGGUUGGCUGAGCUAGCGGGAUGCUGUAGAGCGUAUGACGUAUCAAACUCCCAGUUCCUGGAGUGGGCGAUCGUAGCGCAGCUUGACCUUCAGCAGUCAUCGAUAUCCCCACAGGCUUUCUCGCUACCAACCUUAACUGUGGGCGCUAGUAUGGUUAACGGUCUAUACCAAGGAUCUGUCAGUGUGCCUGCGAUUGCUCCAGGAAAUGUUACGUGGACAAGUCCUCAGCCGAGUGACGUGGGCAAUGCCAUACAGUUUCAAGCCAGUCUAAUGAGUUACAUCACGAUCAACCUCACAAAGCCCAAUCCUGGACCACUCAUAACUGCGCUUGAAGGAGCGUUGUUCGCAAACACACCAGGUGAUGGAACAACUUAUUACGCGACCACUUUCGAAUUUUGGUUGAACAUCGCCAACGCCACGGGUGGAAACAUCAUUCGAGUGGGCUGUGAUACAUCGUCUUCCAAUCCUACUGGAUGUCCUCUUAAUACAUUAUACAUCCAAGUGAAUGAAUCGCAUGUCACAGUUGGUCAUGAAAUGAUAUUGGCCCUUUCUUUGCCUCCAGGUUCACCAGAGUUCUAUCCAGAUUUCUAUACCAGGAUUGGAACUAACCAAUACAGAUAUGAACAAGCAUUCGCGAUCUGCAGCAAUGCUCUUGUUGACAGAAGCUUGUGUGGGGCGACAAAGGCAGUAGGCGUGUGGUUUCAUGUGUCCGUAACAAGGUUUGUUCUGGACAAUAGUUUAUCUUACAGAGUGAUGGUGGACGGACAUACUUUGGAAACAAUUCAGUUUCCAGCCGGCAGUGCUCAAAGUAGAACCAAAUACAACUAUUGCACAUACUUCUACUUUCAGAGGAGUUGCCCUUCGUUUCUUACGCAAUAUGCCAAGACAGAGGAUAUCUAUCUUGAAGCUGGGCAAUCAUACCCUGUGAUUUGGGCUAUACCGCCACAAUUUCCUAAUGCAUUGUUUUUUGGCGGAUCAGCAGUUACAACGGGCAAAUACUUCUCUGGCAGUUUGGAUGAAUUCCGGAUUUGGAAUGGUGCAUUAACUGAGACGGCGGUUCGAUUGUACAUGACCAGGCCAUUGGAUGCGAGCAAAAUCAUGUACUAUGGGGACCCUUCAGUUAGCACUGGCCAACUGACAAGAGGUGCCGGAGACACAUCAUUCCUGAUUGACAAGACCCUGAUUGCCUCUUGGAGCUUUGACCAGCAGUGCAACUCAGCCAAUCCAUGUAACGUGGAUCAGACAUCGCCCUCCUUUCCAACCUCAACAUCUGCAAGGGCGUAUUUGACCGGUACUGCAAACGCAGUCAUGACAGGCCCAAUUGAUGGCAGUGGCAAAAUGUAUCUCUUCGAUCCGGAUGUUAAGUUUUCGGGGUACGGUGAACUCACAUUUCGAACAAAUUACAGUGGCAACUUCACGGUCAGCCCUACAAUUACAAGUGGCAGAAAUUCGAUUCGGAUUGAUCUUGUUAUAAAUGUCAUCCAGGUAGACUCGAGUGGAUUAAUUAUAGACCCACAUUAUCCUGGAAACUAUUACAUGCCGAGUCUUCAAAUUUUGAUGAAGAAGCGGAGCGAUACAAGGUCGGAACAGCGUGUGAUUGGUCAAAUCAGUGGAGACAAUGAACAAGAGACCUCGUUGUCUGCUUCUGAUCAAUAUCCGAAUCGAAUCAGAGUGUUUGCAGGAAACCAGGUUACCGUCAAACUGAUUGGUACUGAUGCCCAGGCUUCGACAGGAAGCACUGCGACAUGGGUGAGGUUUGCUGCUAGCCCUGUUCCUGCUACGGCGACGAUCUCUCCGACUUAUGGGUCAAACCCUGCCAACUCCUACAUAACUUGGCGGCCGUGUCUCCAAGACGAAGGCUCCCACAUCGUCUGUGUAGAAGCCAUCGACCAUCACUCGAAUGCUGUUGGUACCAUUCAGUCUGUAGCAUCGAAACAGCAGUGUUUCGAGCUGCUAGUCAGCCAGGUCCGUGCACCGACCCUCCAGUUCUCCGACAGCACCGGUCGCCCGUUGGAUACUAUCAACGCAACCAUUGGCAAACAGUUCACCUUCCAGGCCCAGGUUCAAGGAGAAGAUUGUCAAUCAGCUGUUCAGUUGGAGCCAGAGAAUGGUCUUCCCCCAGAGGCAACUCUCACUCUCUUGUCCUCGGGUCAACAACGAGUAGGAUUAUGCCAGCAGACAACCAAACAGUUCAGCUGGGUUCCUCCUCUGCACAUGGGGGGCUUCGACUCGUUGAUUUGCUUCCGUGCCUUCACUAACUCUGAUUCCUGCACGGGGCCCACGCCGAUGACGGUCAGCUGCGUUCGAGUGACGGUGAGGAGAUGCGUGUACAGCCUGCAACAAGACCAGCAGCUGCAGGAGCUUGCGGCCAUGUUCGGGACGGACUGGAUGAAGUUGUGGAGCUUCAACAUGGACUUGAGGCAUCCCGACUAUCUGGUCUAUCAGGGACAGACAAUCAGGGUGGGGGUACUGUACAAGACGCAUCCGAACGAGCUUCCCGAGCAGGUGGCGAAGCGCAUGGGAAUGACGAUAACGCAAUUGCAGAACAUGAACUUUGACAUCGUUCCCGGGACGUUCAUCCCAGAUGGUUCCGUUAUCUGCACGAUCCCCAACUCUUGUUUGGGAUUGGUGUGAUGGAGUAGCGGGAGGAAGUCCACACUCCUUGGUCGAACGGUCGCAUUUGAUGUAAAUUGUUCCAUAGUAUUAGAGUUUAACGCACAUACGUCUGAGACAUUGCGAAUGCAAAGCUGAAACUUG